GCCAUGAACGGCCUGUCAGUGAGCGAACUGUGCUGCCUCUUCUGCUGCCCGCCCUGCCCUGGCCGCAUCGCCGCCAAGCUCGCCUUCCUCCCACCGGAGCCCACCUACUCGCUGGUGCCCGAGCCCGAACCGGGGGCUGCUGCUGCCCCCUCUGGCCCCCUUCGGGCUGCUGCUGGCCCCCCUGGCCGCUGGAAGCUGCACUUGACGGAGCGGGCUGAUUUCCAGUAUAGCCAGCGAGAACUCGACACCAUCGAGGUCUUCCUGACCAAGAGCAGCCGGGGCAGCCGAGUCACCUGCAUGUACGUGCGCUGCGUGCCCGGUGCCAGGUACACGGUUCUCUUCUCUCACGGCAACGCGGUGGACCUGGGCCAGAUGAGCAGCUUCUAUGUCGGCCUGGGCACGCGCAUCAACUGCAACAUCUUCUCCUACGACUACUCGGGCUACGGUGCCAGCUCGGGCAAACCCUCUGAGAAGAACCUCUACGCUGACAUUGACGCCGCCUGGCAGGCCCUACGUACCAGGUACGGCAUCAGCCCGGACAGCAUUAUCCUGUACGGCCAGAGCAUCGGCACGGUACCCACCGUGGACCUGGCCUCACGCUACGAGUGUGCCGCCGUUGUGCUUCACUCCCCGCUCACUUCGGGCAUGCGCGUUGCCUUCCCAGACACCAAGAAGACCUACUGCUUUGACGCCUUCCCCAACAUCGAGAAGGUGUCCAAGAUCACGUCGCCAGUGCUCAUCAUCCACGGCACAGAAGACGAGGUGAUCGACUUCUCGCACGGGCUGGCUCUCUACGAGCGCUGCCCCAAGGCCGUGGAGCCUCUGUGGGUCGAGGGCGCCGGGCACAACGACAUCGAGCUCUAUAGCCAAUACUUGGAGCGCCUGCGCCGCUUCAUCUCCCAGGAGCUGCCCAGUCAGCGCGCCUAG